UACGGUGGCGCGGUGAAGGUUAGCGGAGCAACUGAAAAACAUGACAUCAACAAAAACUUGCGAACAAUUUGGGCGGCAAUUCUCACUGGCUGAGAUCCGGUCAGCCACAGGAGAUUUCAACGACGCGCAUCUCAUCGGAAGGGGUGGAUUUGGCAGCGUGUACAAAGGCCUUCUCGAUGGGCGAGUGGCCGUGGCCAUAAAGCGGCUAGCAGCAAAGUCUAACCAAGGCGAGCGAGAGUUUUUGACGGAGAUUGAAACCCUCACAAAGCUCCGACAUCGCAAUCUAGUCUCUCUAAUCGGCUACUGCAGUGAGCAGGGCGAGAUGCUUCUCCUCUACGACUACAUGGCCAACGGAACGUUGGCCGACUACCGCUCGUCCCUCACGUGGGAGCAGCGUCUUCAUAUAUGCAUCGGAGCUGCUCGAGGUUUAGAUUAUCUUCACAAUGGUAGCUCAAUCGUGCAUCGUGAUGUCAAGUCCACGAAUAUUCUUCUGGAUGAAGAUUUCGUCGCUAGGGUUUCCGAUUUCGGUCUGGCCAAACAAUUAGGGCCAGGGGCAAGCAGCCAUGUCAGCGCAAGUGUUAAGGGCUCGUUUGGAUAUUUCGACCCUAGUUACUUCACAACUGGUAGAUUAACGAGGAAAAGCGAUGUGUAUGCUUUUGGUGUGGUGUUGUUGGAAGUAUUGAGUGGGAGGGCGGCAGUGGAUCAUAGCCUUGCUGAGGAUGAGUUGUGCUUAACCAUGUGGGCUCAUGAAAAGAUUAGUAAGGGAAAAGCAGAGCAGAUUGUGGCUUCAAAUCUGAGGUCGGAGAUAUCACAGGAUUGCCUCAAGACGUUCAUCCAGCUUGUUGAGAGAUGCCUGCAUCAUAACCCAAUGAAACGACCAACAAUGACUCAAACAGUAGUGCAGCUGGAGCUUGCACUUGAACAUCAGGGGAGAACAGAGCCAGCAUCAUCACAAUUCUGGCUGUUGAAUGCGAUUUUCAACAUAGUUAAACAAUCUGGUAAAAAAAACAAAAAGUGA